AUGUCAGAUGCUCGUUUACGAACGUUAAAAAUUAAAACUGGAGUUGUAAAGAGGCUGACGAAAGAAAAAGUAACAUACGAAAAGGAAGUUACAUUGCAGCAGGAAAGGGUCGACAAGCUUAAAGAACAGGAUAAAGAUAAACAUGUAAUAAAAAAACAAGAAGAAGUAUUACAAGAGUCAUUGAUGAUGAUACCUGAUUGUCAACGUCGUUUGGUGAAAGCUUUUGAAGAACUGAAAAAUAUUAUUGAUUCUGAACAAGACUUGAUAGAAAGUGAAGAGUAUGCUGAAGCAAAAAAGGUAUUAGAGGCAGCUGAAAAUCAAGUUUUAAAUAAAUGA